AUGAAUCCCUCACAGCCUCGAAAUGUGAGUCUUCAGGGAUUUCAGAACCUACAACAACAGACCAGUUCAUCUGGACACGUUUCCACGUUUGACAUCUUUUCCUUUCUUCUUCACCACCUUUCAUUGCCCCAUUCUCCUUCCUACACUUUUCACUUUCCCCACUUCCCUCUCCACUCUCCACUCUCACCCUCAUUUCGACCAGUGGCAUUGCAAUUGGCCGACACUGCCGGUCGAUACGGACGUCAUGGCCACCACGGGGAGGCUUGUCUUUGUGCUGGUCUUAGAUGCGGACCAUGUCGCGGACUCCUCUGA